AUGACACCUGGGCAAGAUAAGGUGAUGCUGAAAUGUCCCAUGAAACAUGGCAUUAUGGUCCCAAGUGUUCCUCAGAACGAUAAUUCUAUGAAAAUCACAAACAUAAUGUCUUCAUCCAACAAUCACACAAAGGACGUUUCCGAAAAUGGUGAUGUUGCCACCUCAGAGGCAGAUUUAGCCCAGGCCUUCAAAGAACUUCAACGCGGCGAAAAGACAGCACAGAUGCUUGAAUCUAACCUCACCAACCUCGAAAAGAAGAUAGACGAUCUCCUAGCGAGCUUCGAGGCUCAGGGCUCGGCGCAGCCCGAGACUAAUCCGCAUGCUGCCACUAGCAAUCAGGAGAAAACAGCCGAAAAUGGUCACAAGGAGUCUUGA